CCCAAAAAUUGAAUCCACUAUUCUUCAAACCUCCAUUAACCAAAAAUUAAAACAUUAAAAAUUCACUAAUAAAAAAUGCUUUUGACGGUACGGUCGGUAGACCGUAUAUAAAGUCUCGUUCCUCCUCCACUCUCUCACAUCUUCUACCACUCUCUCUCUCAAACACCUAAAUUUUCUCUCAUAUUUUCCUCUUAUCCAAACAACCCUCCAGAAUCUCCCCUUUCUCUCUUCCCAAUUUCCUUUCUCAAUGGCAAGGUCCAUCUCUCAAACCCUUACCCUAACCCGCCACCUCUCAUCCAAAUCAUCGCCGUCUUCUUCGUCUCGCCUAAUAACCCUCCGAGCCCAAUCCAACCUUCCUUUUCACCAUGACCCAACAACAGACUCAUCCACCGACUCUCCUUCUGAUCCCCUUUUGCGAAAGCUCGAGGACGCCAUCCACCGGAUCAUGGUCCGCCGAUCCGCACCCGAUUGGCUACCGUUUCUUCCCGGUACCUCCUACUGGGUCCCACCGCCCCGGUCAAGAUCCACCGGUCUGGCUCAGCUGGUCGAUAAGCUGGCCAACCCUUUGACUGAGGAGGAGACCAUGUCUAUGACCACCAUUAGAGGCUGGCCUUCUUCUGCUUACUUCAUAGAAGGUGCAUCUCCACAACCGAUGGAGGCGGUGGAUCAAAGUUCUAAUAACGUGUCCUCCAAGUCUGAAGAUGAGGAAGGAUGAACAAUGUAUUUCUCAAAACCGGCAUCUGAGGCUCAUCUGGUCUUGUAAAUUGUAUGGAGGAGGACAAAAGGUGCAUUGAUGAAAGGCAUUUCGUCAAGGUGAAGAGCUGUACAGAUGCAACCUGGUUAGCCAGGUAGAAUGACUUCUAUCCAAGAGUUCAAGUUCACAACCCAAAGGGAGUUGACUGUAAUUAUUCUUCGUGUAUGUACAGUUGAUUAUCGUAGUUUAAUUUCAGUUGAAUUGUAUUUUAUUUGUACCCUUCCUUGCAUGUUUAAUUUGCUCUAUUUGGGUUUACCAUCUACAUUUCAGUUUUUAUCUGAAUGUCCAUGUAAAUAUAGUGAAAAUUACAUCAAUCCUUUUUGUUCAUUGAUAUAAUAAUACCUCGGCUCGUUUUCGGAAUUAA